AUGGAAAAAAAGAAAAUCAACAUCACAGAGCUUGUUCAUAAAUUCAAAUUGAGCGGAAAAUUUGAUUCUUUAAGAAAAGAAAUCAUAGCAAUAUAUGUAAAUUCUGAUACCGGAUUACAACUUAAAUCCAAGCUUGAAGAAAUAAUUAAUAAAGAAAUAAGCAAUAAUUAUACAUUAUUUAUUCAAGAUAGAGGGAAAGCUGCAGUAAUUAUUAACAAUAUUAUUGAUAAAAGUAAUAUUUAUAAUCAUGCAAGAGAAUUAAUGAAUGAUACUAUGUUUAUGAAUAAAGAGUUUCGUGAAAGAAUAAAUACUAUUAUGCAAGAAAUUAAAAAUGACUUUGAAAAAGUUCCAGAAAAAAGAAAGAAUGAUAAUAUCGAAUGA